AUGCGGAAUUUGAAAGUUUUCUCGGGUUCUUCUCAUCCAGAACUUACCGAGCACAUAUGUGAAAAAUUGGGAAUUCCCGUUGCUCCAUCUGUGCAAAAUAAAUUUAGUAAUCAGGAAACAUCAGUUAAAAUAGUUCGUAAUGAAGAUGUAUUCAUCAUUCAAUCAGGUUCAAAACAUAUUAAUGAUCACCUGAUGGAGUUAUUGAUUAUGAUAUCCGCUUGCAAAGGCGCCUCUGCGAGUCGGGUUACCGUUGCCGGCGUAGAUCAUAUCAUCACAAUGGAUUUGCAUUCGUCGCAAAUGCAAGGAUUUUUUAAUAAACCCGUUGAUAAUUUAUAUGCCGAACCUUUGAUCGUCAAGUGGAUUCAAGAUUCAGUAUGCGAUUUUACUAAUGGUGUCGUCGUAAGUAAAAAUGCUGGUGGUGUAAAAAGAGUGACUUCUCUUGCUGAUCGUCUCAAGAUCGAUUUUGCACUUAUUCACGCUGAUCGUACACGUGGCUCCAACAACACGCACUGCGAUUCUGCUGGUGAAAACAGCAACACCUUUACCAAUAACAAUCAUCAUGCUACCGCAGCAAUUAUCAAUAAAGCGUCCGAUGAAAAUGACAUCGAAGAAGGGUAUCCCUCUCGCAGUGCUUCUACAGCGGUAGCGGACGAAGCUCCUUUCGUGAAUGAUACUGAACCAGACAGCGUUACCAUUACACUUGUUGGAGAUGUGGCAGGGAAAGAUGAUAUGAUUGAUAAGGCCGGUUCAUUCAUAGAUGCAUCUGAGCAUUUGGUAAAAAAAUGUGGUGCCAAACGUGUAUAUGUAAUUGCCACACAUGGAAUUUUGAACAAUGAUUGUCUCGGAGAAAUUGAAAGAUGUAAGAGUAUAUAUAAGUUGGUGAUCACAAAUACCUUUCCGAUUUCACCGGAAGACCGCCGGAAAAGCACCAAACUCGUGAUAAUUGAUGCUUCUGUAAUUAUUGCGGAGGCCAUCAGGAGAAUUCACAAUGGCGAAAUUUCAAAAGAACUAGCCGAAUUAUUUACCAAUGCUGUUCUGCAUGGAAACAUGAGAAUUAUACGCGUUUCCAUUGUUAACGGUAAAUUAUCAAGUUUUCUUCGGGAACAAAAAUUUAUGCUAAUUCAAAGGUGUAUCGAUUUAUUAGAAUCUCUUAUCCCCAAUGGAACGCAAACUGUUAUAAAUUCAUGGGAUUCUGACUUUGACGAGGUCAAGAAAUUCUUGGAUGAAAAAAUACCGUGUUACAUUCUUUAUCGUCUUGAUUCCAGAUCGUCUUCUGGAGAUUAUGAAUGGUUGUUUUUAGCCUAUGUCCCAGAUGAAUCGAAGGUUCGGGACAAAAUGAUUUAUGCAUCGACGCGUGCUACAUUGACCAAGGAGCUUGGAGACUAUCGAUUCGUGGACUCCAUGUAUGGUAAUAAAAUAGAUGAAUUUACGCUGGAAGGAUAUCAUAAGCACAAGCAACACCAACAGGCCGAAGCCCCAUUAACUCAACGCGAAAAAGAACUGGCUGAAGUCAGAUCUGCCGAAGCAAACGAGAACUCCUUCAGUUCCUCGGCACGCAGAUCUCAUGCUGCCGGUGUUUCUUUUCCUCUCUCAGAUGAAGCCAUCGAGGCCAUAAAGUCGUUGAGUCAAACGGAAAAAUUACAUAAUUUUGUAAAACUGUCAUUGGAUAUCACUAAUGAAAGAGUUGAACUAUCUUCAACAGACAAAAUCGAGAUCGAUGAUCUGGCAAAUUCCCUACCUUCUGACGCUCCGUGUUUUUCUUUUUUCGCGUACGAUCACAAUUACAAAGGAGACGAUUUUCAUUCCAUAA